AUGAAUCAAUCUGCUCUCUUAGAUGUUGACACUGCCCGUUCAGUUACAAAUAAAGUUUAUCCAUGGAAGUUUAGAGCUCGUGUGUUAUCACUGUGGAAAGUUCCUGACCACAUGCUCCCUGUGUCCUCUUCAUCAAUUGACAUGGUUCUCAUUGAUAAAGAGGGUGUGAAGUUUGAAGCUUCUAUUUGCAAGUCAGUGGUUGUUCCACCUAAGAUGUUUGAAGGGCGUGUGUACCAAAUAUCUUUCUUCAGGAUACUUGACAACAUUGGCCCAAAACGUUUAACAAGUAUUAGAUACAAACUAUAUUUUCUUCCCUGCACCAGAAUCUUUCCUGCUGUUGACCAUGAUAUGCCUCGCAAUGGAUGGGAUUUUUUCCACAUGCAUCAUAUCAAAGACUAUGGAAAUACAUUUGGCUACUUAGUGGAUGUCAUUGGCAUUUUAACUGCAGCUUCUUCUGAAAAACUUAUGAUUAAGGACAAGAGGGUAUAUAAGACCAUGGAUAUUAAACUCUCAGAUAGAAGUGGCAUGACUAAGUGUGUCUUAGUUGGUGACAUUGUUGACAUGCUUUCUGAGUAUCUAUGUGCUGAUUGGGUUGUUAGACCUAUUGUUGGACUUCGUUUUGUUGAAGUUAGAAGCAAAAAUGGUCAAAAUGUUAUAUAUGCUGUUCCUUAUGUGACUAAGAUUCUGAUCAAUCACAAAUUUGACGAAGAUGUUGUGCUUGCUGAUAGAUUUCAUGGUGUUGAUUUCAAGUUACAUGUUGACUAUAUCUUCAAUCUUGAUAACAAUUUGAACAAUCAUGCUGAUAUGCUUGAACUGCAUCCCAAAAAGACAAUCCCUCAACUUCUUGAAAGCAAAGAGAAGGGUACUUUUGUUGUGCAUGCUUGGAUCUUGGCUUUGCUCAAAAAUAGUAAUUGGUACUCAUUCAAGGUUCAAGUGUGCGAUGGUUCUGACAAUACUAUUUUUGUGCUCAAUGAUCAUGAUGCAAUGCACCUGAUUAAUGUACCAUGUGAAGAGUUAAUGAGAUCUGAAGAGGUGAAACCAUCUUCUGAAAUACCUCCACUACUUGAAGAGAUUUUAGUUGGCAAAGAAUUAUUAUUCAAAAUUCGUGCUGGAUUUGGUAUGACAUACAAUCGUCAACAAACUUAUGAGGUCCUCAAGAUAUGUGAUGAUUCUCAUGUAAUUAAAAUGUUUCGUUCUGGAAAUUUCUUCAGCACACCAAUGGAGGCCAAGUUUGCUCCUUCCUUCACACAAUUAGAGGUUGCUCAUGAUGAUGCCAAGGUUGAAGAAAUGCAUGCUGGAAAUUUCAAGUGUAAGGGUGCUGCUCCUGUCAAGUCCAAUUUGGCUAAAAAGCAAACAACAAUUAUUAGUCAGAGUUCAACAAGUAUUCAUCUCCCAUUGAAAAGGAAGCUGGAGGCAGAAUUUGAUAAAUUUGUUUCUGAAAUAGAUAAUGAUCUUGAUGCAAUUGAUGCUGCUCCUAUCAUCAACAUUGCUGAAGAGAGCAUGACUAGAAAUGAUGGUGAACAAAAUCUGAAAUGUCCUCAAAUCAUUGAUCUUACAAAUACAAAUGUGGAUGAGGACUUUGAAAUUUCACCCACUCAGAUUGGAACUAUCACUCUGUCAGAUGAUUUUAUUGAUUUAACCAAGAUUGAGCAAAAUGGUGAAGUUACAUCCAAAGAGUUUAUUGAUUUAACCAAAGAUUUGGAUGCUGUUGACCUUACAUCUACUAGCAAUGGUGAAGAAGUUGAAGUUUGGGAAGUUGUUGACCUCUCUACGUGA